CAAUUUUGAGAGCGGAUGGGAUGGCAGAGUGGUGGAACAGCCUUGUUGUUUUCUCCGUGAUCCUGAAAUCUCUCCUGAUUCCGGCGUAGUACCAUUCUAGACAUAAUGUUCAGUGUUUUUAAGUGGUAAACGUUGGUGUAUUAUCGCGUGAGUAGUGAGCUUAAUGCUUUUGUGAUAGCUUGCGCGACAGACCGUGAACCUGCGUAAACAGCAUCCAGCGUCGGGGGCAUCCGAGUGUAACUAAUUGUUGUGCACGUUUGAAACUGAAGUAGGUUACGCUUGAUCUGAUUUGUCGAAAUCUGUUUAUUCAGAUGAAGCUGAGCGCAUCGCUCAACGUUAUGUAAUAAAUUCAAUUUGCGCGAAAGUACAACUUUACUCUUUUAAUGAAAUGUUAAGUUACAUAAGCGUGAAAGCUUGCUAUGUUAAUUGAACUUACAAUAUUUUGCGUUGAAGCAUUAAUUUAAGAAAGCAUCUUGCCCUUUGGAAUCCCAUUUUUAUGUUAAUCAUUCUUGUUUUGAACUGCAUUAUCAUCUUAAUUACAAUUUUGAAGCUAGUUUCUUGAUAAUGAUCAUCAAAAAAUACAUGUACAGUGAAACAUUGAAACGAUUUAUUUUGGUAUUAGGUAGCCGGCGGUGAUAAUAAACACACCGCUUUAGAACUGUUAAUCAGACAGAUGUUUUGAAGUAUGUCCAUUGCUUGAUUGAGUACUGCUGAGAUUUUGUCUAACAGUCUAGUAAGAUACUAGAAUAUUUAACACAAUUGCCAUGAUUUGACAGACAUUUGUGCACUGUUCAUAACUGAUUGUGGUGUUGUAUGGAUUUGGAAAUUGUAUCACAGUAACCUGUUAAAGCAGAGGAGUCUCUCUCUCACAACAAUAAUACCUCCGCCACAGAUGAAAUAUAAUAAAAGCAUCUGAAAAUUACAUUUACCAUAGUUUCGUGCUGGUGAAAUUCUUCAUUAUUUUUAUCAUCAGGAUGUGGUCAACCAAGAUUAUAUAUCACUAGUGACUGACAUUAAAAGCGUUAUGCACCUUGGGUCAGGAAGCGGAUUUGUUUUGCAUUCAGGACUUUGUUGUUUUGAAAAGCAACCUUGCUCUACAGUGAGCCUUUUGCCAUUUACAUUAUAAUGAUGAUCAAGAUAACAUUGUUAUUUCUACUUUUUGUUUGCAAGUCACUCCACAGUCGUUUUCCUGUUAACAGCUUUGUAAGGAAAUGAAAUUGGAUAUUGGAUGCACAUGUCUUAUUAGAUGUUUCGUCAUUCUAGUGAUUUUGAAGUGCAUAGAAACUGGCUUGCCAUCACAAACAGCCUUCCCCUGUCAAGGUGGUAUUAUGAGAGUACGUCUCAAUGGACUCUAGAUUAUCCACCUCUGUUUGCAUGGUUUGAAUACCUGUUAUCACAAGUAGCUGUGCUUAUUGAUCCAAAGAUGGUCGUCAUAAGUAAGCUGGAGUAUGUCAGCAUCUCAACUGUUUUGUUCCAAAGAGGAUCAGUUAUAGUUACAGAUUUGGUCUUGGCUUAUGCAGUAAAGGAGUAUUGCAGAUAUCUUGCCAAGAGGUCAUCCUUGCCUGCACGUAAUUGCUUGAUCUUAGCCAUGUUGGUUAUUUUUAAUUUUGGACUGCUUAUAGUAGAUCACAUUCAUUUUCAGUACAAUGGAUUUCUAUUUGGUAUUUUCCUUCUCUCUAUAGCAAAACUGUCCGAGGGAAUGAUAUUGGAAGGUUCUUUUUGGUUUGCUGUUUUGCUGAAUUUUAAACACAUCUUCCUCUACAUUGCUCCUGCUUACUUUGUCUUUCUUUUGCGGUCCUAUUGUUUCCAACCUUCUGCAGCUGAAAAGAAAGAGAAGCAGCUUAGAAUUUGUGGUGUAAAUAUUUGGGAUUUUUCUCCCUUGAACUUGGUCAAGCUUGGUUUUAUAGUGGUAAUUGUGUUUGGAGCUUCAUUUGGACCAUUUAUAGCCAUGGGUCAGUUAUCACAGGUGUUAUCAAGACUUUUUCCUUUCAAGCGAGGUUUGUGCCAUGCCUACUGGGCACCAAACGUCUGGGCUUUGUAUAAUGCUUUGGACAAGGCUGUUGCUAUUUUGGGCUCGAAAUCAGGAUUUUUUCCCAAAGAGCUUUUCAAUAAGCAGGCAUCAAUGACUGGAGGCUUGGUUGGUCAAUCAGAACAUUUGAUUCUUCCAGCAGUUCCUCCCAUCGUCACGGUGAUAUUAACACUUCUGUCAGUGCUGCCUGCUCUCCUCCAUGUAUGGUUUAGACCAUCCGGUGUCACUGGAUUUCUCCGGUGUCUUAUUCUCUGUGCUUUUGGUUCCUUCCUGUUUGGAUGGCAUGUUCAUGAGAAAGCUAUUUUGAUGGUUAUAAUCCCUCUUAGCCUCAUGGCUAUUGUAGAUCAAAGAGCUGCUCGGGUGUUUCUGGUCUUGUCCACUACAGGCCAUCUCUCACUGUUUCCACUGCUCUUUCAGUCUCAAGAAACCCCAAUCAAAGUCUGUUUGAUGCUGAUGUUUACAAUCUUCUCGUUCUAUUCUCUAUGUCUUGUACACUGUGGCGAGUCAUCUGAAAAGUCAGUGGUAGGGGAUUUGUUCAAGUUACCGAUUGUUGAGUGGUACGAGGCAUGGUAUCUGUAUGGUUUAGUAUUCUUGGAAUUCUACUGCGGUGCUAUUCAUCCUUUCACUGCCCUUGCUGUGAAGUUGCCUUUUCUGCCGCUUAUGUUAACAUCUGUGUAUUGCACAGUAGGGGUGGUAUGGGCGUGGAUUUUGUUUUACGUGGACACUCUGAAAACAAGCCCAAUAGCCAACAGUCCAGUGGUUGGUACCACUAGGAGAAAAACAGCAGGGAAAAAACCAGCAAAGAGGAAAUAGUAAAGUACUGGAUUGAAACAGAAUAACAAAUAAAUUAUGAGAUGCAUCUUGUGAAAAAUGUUUCAGUUUUUUUUUUUCCCCUGCAAAAUAAAAGUGCAUUUUAUUACA